CCUGACCCGAACGGAGAUUUUGAAAGGGGGUCGUCCUGCAUCGACCUGCAUUCACCUUUGUUGCACUCUUCAGCGACGUUCCCCAGUCGAACCCUCGGGCCAUACGUUCGGAGGGCGUGGGCCGACUUCGGCUGUUUGAGGUCGGUCGUUCCUACUCUGUUCCUGUCGGUGGCUGGUUUGCGUCGCCAUAUAAUUUCAGUACCAUCACUCCAAGGUUUCUCUUCUGCAUCAACAUCUUCGCCUUCGGGGUCUUCGGCAAACAUGUCGACAGUCCGUCGCCACUCUUUUGCCGACAUUCUUUUCAAUAAUGGUGUCUUCAACCCCUAUAUUCAGUUUGCCGUGAACUACUCCAAAAUCUAUCCUCAAAGACUAUAUCCCAUCUUCAUGGCCGUGCAAUUGGGAACAUUUGCCCUAGUGCGAUAUCAACACUCAGAGAUAUACCAUUCUGAACUGCAUCACGUCGAUCAGAUACAACGUUAUGCGAGCGGUGAUUGGGGGUAUCACCACCCGGACAUCACAUCCCCAACUCUUUGGCAUGGGAUGAUCGCUGCCCCCUCCUACAUCUUGAAUAUAACCCCAGGCCUCCACUCCCUGCGCCUCUUCAGUCUCAUCCAAGCCCUCAUCUUUCCCGCCCUCCUCACCUUGCUUACCUUGCCUCCCUCUCCCUCUUCCCCACAUGCUUCAAGCUCUUCCCGCUUUUUGCAUGCUCUUCGGGACCCUUCAGAAUACGCCCUGGUCAUCUCCUUUAAUCCGCUUCUGGUGCAGGUACAUCACAAAGUCGAUCCUGGAAUUACCGCCCUUCUCUGUCUAGUGCUAUCCUGGGGUCUCUUGCGCAAAAAGAAAACAUGGGCGGCCGGGGUGUUUGGGACUGUGGUGGGAGUGUUGAGUGUGCCAGGCAUGAUUUGGAUGGUCUUCCUGGCGGGGUAUCGUGUAUGGGAGACGAGGCGUGACUUUACCGGUAUGGUCAAAAAAAGUGCACUAUCGUGGCUCUUUGCUAUCUGCGUCUGGGCUCUUGCUUGGACUCUUCCCUCGAUCCCUUUCAUCAGAUACGACACACCAGGAUCCCAAAAACUACAGACAAUAGCUUUCCUCCGCUACAUCUUGAUGCCUUUUGUGGAUACCUACUUCACUUACCUGUCCUUGAACCAAAGCCCGUUCUUCUUGUCCUAUCUCCUCACCACCGCCUUCUCCUCCUGUUUCCCAUCGUCCUCUUUAUCCGCUGCCUCCUGGUCAGGUAUCACCGAGAGCGACAAGCUGUUAGUAGUCUUCGUCCUGAGAUUAUUCCUCUUCUCUGAACAGCUCAAGGAAGAAGCUAUCGAAGACGACGUGACCUCUCGCUUGACGCAAGACGAAAAUUAUCUUUCGCAUCUGGAUUCGACUCCAAUAGAAGGCGGUGAAGAUGGGGAAGGUAGAGCUGCCAGGAUCAUAGCGCGAACGCCUUGGGGACGACCUUUAGGCGAAGAGGAAGUAAUGUACACUACCCGCUAUUCCCCUUUUCCCAUCGCCCCCGACGGUAGAGAGCGGACGCUGAACGUGAGUGAGGAAGCCAGGCAGCGGAAUGAAGCUACUGGCAGAGUCAAUCAUGCUGGAAAGAUUGAGGUGGGGUGGGAUCUUUUCUUCAUUGGGUCGUUGGUUUUUAUGGGUCUUUGAGUGGUUGUAUGCGUACGUAUAAUGAUGAUGGGAAGUCGAACAUGGACUGGAAGCGAGUUUUUGAAAAGGGGCUCGACAUAGAAUCAGGUAAAAUAGCGAACUUCCCUGGGCUCUGCCAAUACACAUACUACACAAAUACAUGACCGCCAUCUACACGUAUCCAGAGUUGCCGACGGAAAGCCGGACACAACGAAUUUGAACGUGUCUGAACAUUUUGGUGAACGAUUGGGGGGUGUGGUACGGUGAAGUGUUCUGUGAGCCUACUAUCGUACAUACUGUUGUUUAGAUGUGGCGGCUGGCAGAGCUGUAAUGUGGCCCGCUUCUAUCAUUUCUACUGUCUACAUUCCGGAAGAGCCAGAUCGUCCAAGACACUCUCCGGCUUGUCUAGAUCAAUAACGCCCCAGCUAUCAUCUUUGAGUCUCGCUGUAACGGGCUGCCGACUGCCGAUAGUGCCGAACACCUUCAAGGCGGGCCAAGUCCGCAGAAACGUCGUUGGAAAGAGGAUCCAUGAUCAUACUCACCACUGACCCAUGGUUAUGUCUAGGUGUUAUCAUGUAGUGGAAUAACGUAGAUCAUGGUCAGGCUUAAGGUGCUCAAUUUGA